CAAUAGAUUAUUCCCAUUGGCACAAUUGAAAACGAAAAGUACAAUAAUAAAUUAGCAAAUUGGCCGUUUACUAUAUAUCAUACACAUUGCCGACACGAAAUAUGGCUGUGCAUUGAAGGUUUAACAGUAGAGUAAUUGCCAAGAAAUGCUUGGAAACAAAGUAAAAAAUAUAUAUAUAUACCCAAUAGAAUUGCUCGGCGGUGGCCUUGCCGAAUUUAAAGCCACCAAAUCUUACGCAUGAACGUAACUGCAGGUUGUUAACAAGUAAGAGUAUAUAUAAAAGCUCUGCUGGUUGCCUGAUCAAUACCAAGCACCUUGUCAUUCUUUCUAGGAAGCAAAGUUACUAGCAACUUUUGUUUUUUCAAUCUCAAUGGGCAGCCUUGCGUCCAUGAAUGAAGAUGGAAGCUGUUCUACCAACAUCGUUAACCCCCUAGACCCUGAGGAAUUCAGAAAGCAAGGUCACAUGAUCAUAGAUUUCCUAGCUGACUAUUACCAAAACAUUGAGAGAUACCCAGUCCUCAGUCAAGUUGAACCGGGCUACCUUCGGAAACUCUUGCCAAUGUCCGCCCCAUAUAUUGCAGAACCCGUUGAAGCAAUCCUUCAAGAUGUUGAGAAACAUAUAAUCCCUGGUAUAACACACUGGCAAAGUCCUAACUAUUUUGCAUACUUCCCAUCAAGUGGCAGCAUUGCUGGCUUCCUUGGGGAGGUGCUUGGCACCGGUUUCAAUGUGGUGGGAUUCAAUUGGAUAUCAUCACCAGCCGCGACGGAGCUUGAAUCCAUAGUCAUGGAUUGGCUUGGUCAAAUGCUUGAGCUUCCUCAAAGUUUCCUUUUCUCUGGAAAUGGAGGGGGUGUGAUACAGGGAACUACUUGUGAGGCCAUGUUGUGUACACUAACAGCAGCAAGAGAUCAAAUGUUGAGCAAAAUUGGGAGGGAGAAUAUUGCGAAAUUAGUUGUCUAUGGGUCGGACCAAACACAUAGCGCUGUAGCAAAGGCAGCUAAAAUUGUGGGUAUCGACCCUAAAAAUUUUCGGGCCAUCAAGACAAACAAAUCAACAUUAUUUGGUCUGUCACCAGAAUCAUUACGAAUUGCAAUAACUACAGAUGUAAAAGCAGGACUGAUCCCACUAUAUCUCUGUGCCACAGUGGGGACAACGUCGACCACCGCUGUUGAUCCGUUGGGGCCGCUGUGCGAUGUAGCAAAAGAAUAUGGAGUGUGGGUUCAUGUCGAUGCUGCUUAUGCAGGAAGUGCCUGUAUUUGCCCUGAGUUUCGACAUUUUAUCAAUGGUGUGGAAGGUGCCAAUUCUUUUAGUCUUAAUGCUCAUAAAUGGUUCUUCACCACUUUGGAUUGCUGUUGUCUUUGGGUGAAGGAUCCAAGCACUCACAAAUCUCUCUCAACGAGCCCGGAAUACCUGAAAAAUAAAGCAACUGAUUCAAAGCAAGUGGUAGACUACAAAGAUUGGCAGAUAACUCUGAGCAGAAGGUUUCGAGCUAUGAAACUUUGGCUUGUGCUUAGAAGUUACGGUGUGGCCAACCUUAGAAACUUUCUGAGAAGCCACGUCAAAAUGGCAAAACGUUUCGAAGAGCUCCUGGCUUGCGACAACAGGUUUGAGGUGGUAGUACCCAGGACUUUUGCUACGGUCUGUUUCAGGGUUUUGCCAUCCGCUUUGUGUAAAAUUCAGAAUGAACCUUGCGGUGAAGCUGAUCAUCAUGUUCAUCAGAAGCAUGCAAAUGAGUUCAACAGAAAAUUGUUAGAGUCAAUCAACGCAUCGGGGCAUAUAUACAUGACUCAUGCUCAGGUUGAGGGAAUUUAUAUGAUGAGAUUUGCCAUCGGCGCCACUCUUACAGAGGAUAAACAUGUUAUCAAGGCUUGGGAGGUGGUGCGAGAGAUGGUGGAUACCAUGCUCAAGCUCAAUCCACAGUAAUUAUUACUAUGCAUAUUAUAUAUAUAUAUAUAUAUAGACAGAUAUUGAUCCUGUCUUUCUCCAGUACGAGCUGUUUUAAUUUCUCUUGUAAUUUUCCUUCUACUAUUGAAUAAAGUAUUUAAUUUAAUUUGAUUAGACAAUAACCUUCACCUACAAUUUUAGAGCAGCAAAUUUCUUAAUGGAUGGAUUUG